AUGAUCCCCCUGUCGCAAGCAGCACCCUCGCGAGCCCAGAUCAUGCCCCCGUCCAAGGUCAACCUGGCUCCGCGCGGCGCCACCACCACCAUGUGUGACAAGAACCCUGUGGCCACUGCGUCGAACUUCCUGCUGUACAAUAACCUCUGGGGCCAGGACUCGGAUCCCUCGGGCAAGCAGUGCACGGUUCUUGACUACAGCUCGCGGGGCGUCAUCUCGUGGCACACGCAGUGGACGUGGAAUCAAGCGCCGGACGCCGUCAAGAGCUAUGCCAAUGCCGUGCUGAACAUCGAACCCAUUCAGUUGAGUGCUAUCAAGGGGUUGCCGACGACCUGGCACUGGAACUACACCGGCCAAGGCCUCUACGGCGACGUCGCCUACGACGCCUUCUUCUCCAAGCAAGCCACCAAAGAGAAACCCCACGACUACGAGGUCAUGGUCUGGCUCGCCUCCUUCAACGGCGCCAAGCCGAUCGGCCAGCAAGUCCAGCUGGCCCAACCGCUCACUAUCGGCGGCGUCGUCUUCGACCUGUGGCACGGCCGAGGCGAGCCCGGCACCAACCCUUGGGAGGUAUUUAGCUUCGUGGCGCGCACCGAGACGCGGCAGUUCUCGGCGGAUUUGAACGAGUUCUUCAAGUUCCUUACCAAAACCCAGGGCGUACCGGCCAACUACUUCUUGCAGACUGUGGGCGCGGGUACGGAGCCGUUUACGGGGUCGAAUGCUGUGUUUACGGUUAGUCCUUAUACGAUGAGCUUGAACAAGUGA